AUGAUCCAGCUCCUGCAAAUUCAAUCCCAAAUGAUCAUUACUGGUCUUUCUUUAGAUGGGUUGGCUUAUAGUCGUCUAAUAGCCUUUUGUGCUCUCUCGCCAUCUGGUGAUCCUAGUUAUUCCAAAAGAUUAUUGUCCCAUAUGCAUAACCCGAAUGCAUUUUCUUGGAAUAUAGUAAUUAGAGCCUUUACUGAUAGCCAAAUUCCGUUACAAGUUUUUGUUUUAUACAAAAAUAUGUUAAUUGUUAAGAGGAAUAGUAGCAUUUGCUUAAGGCCAGAUAAUUAUACUUUUCCCUUGUUGUUCAAGACUUGUGCUAGAUUGUUGUUGUUUCAUAUGGGCCAUGAGAUUCUUGGGCAUGUUCUGAAAAUGGGUUAUGAUAGUGAUAUUUUUGUGCACAACGCUUUGAUACAUUUCUUAGUGUCGUGUGGGGAGUUGGAAGCUGCAGAUAAAGUGUUUGGCGAAAAUUCUGUGAGGAACUUGGUUUCAUGGAAUUCAUUGAUCAAUGGGUACGUUAGGAGUGGGAAACCAAAGGAUACACUGAGGAUAUAUAAGGAAAUGGAGAGGGAGAGGGAUGUGAAUCCUGAUGAGGUUACUAUGAUUGGUGUGAUUUCGGCUUGUGCUCAGUUGGAGGAUUUGAGGCUUGGGAAAGAGUUUCGUCAAUAUAUUCGAGGGAAAGGGUUAAAUAUGAGCAUCCCACUUGCUAAUGCUCUUAUGGAUAUGUACGUGAAGUGUGGAGAUCUUGAAGAAGCAAAGACAUUGUUUGAUGGAAUGGAUGAUAGGACCAUGUUGGCGGCUAAACUUGAGCGAGAUUUAAAACAAAAUCAAUUAAAUCACAUGGAAGCAAAUCCGAAGAAUUGUUGCUUUUCAUCAUUGAUGGAUCAAUGCAUAUCCAUGGGCUUGCUUUACUGUGAAGACUAA